CCCAUCUUGACUGUUGUAACGAGGGAGGACUGCACUCCACCGCCGCUUCUGCACCGCCUGCCGCUUCUCUCCACGGAAAGGGCUGUCUGUGUGGGUUCCUUCAAUCAAGAACACCUCUAUCUAUACAGUAGCGUCGAUCACUCGAGCGCUGCACUCCCGUUGACAUCACGAGUAAUAAGUCUCGUGACAGUGCCAUUUCCAUCGUGACGUCGUCAACACCAAGUCCAAGCAACAGCCACAAACGAAUGGAACCCGACACGUCAACUGAUUCAUCCUCGUCCAUCUCGACUGCUACCUUGCCCAAGUCGUCAUCCACGACGCCGUCGCUGAACGAGUCGGACAAACGCCGCCGUCUUCUCCAAGACCAACCCCCGUCCACACACAUGGAAGCAACUGGACCCCCAUUAAAUCCCCAACAGAGCGGACUCCUUCGAAUCGUGUACGAAGAUCUGCGAAAGCAAGCAACGGUGGGAUGGCACAACGCCGUGAAUGCGUUUGAGAUCGCUCAUGCCCACCUUCACGAAGCAGAGGUCCAAGAGUUCUUGCAGUUGUGCUUUGCGCAAAUCGUCAACAUCAUGCUCGAUCAAAUGUACUUUCUCCUCCUAUACGUUAAAAAUGACAAAGACGCAUGUGCGUUACAAUCUCUCUCCUAGGACGUCCAAGAUGGCCGUCACCGAGAAGAACUGUGUCAUUCGCACGUUGACCAAGGGCACGGUGCUAUGUCUGGCGCAGCUCCAGAACCCUCACACGUCACCGCCACGGCGCCUCGCGUACUUUUCACACAUGGCGCUGAUCUUGAACAAGCAAAAGCACUUUUACAAGGAAUUCCGCGGCUCGAACCACCACAUGAUGGGCCAAUACUGGAACAAAUCGCCGGCGGGGUGCCCGGAAGUGCGCCUGCAGUGCCUUGCGUUGUUCCACGAGCACCACGGGUUCUCCAUGCUCACGCGGACCCUCGAUCAGCACGUCACGGACGCCGACAAGGCCAUCGCGUUCAUCCAAACCGUGUCCAUGGACGACCUCAAGCUGCUUCUCCAAGGGCUGUACGACCUCCGCGUCCAAGUCGAUUCGACGUUGAUUCGGCGGUUGCUUCAAUCGCUGUUGCAGCUCGUGCUCGUGUUGCCCUCGGCCGAGCUCAAGAAAGAACCCACCGACUCGAUCGGACACAUGCUCCACCUUAUCCAGCGGUUACUCGACCAAGACAAGGACCUGCAAGACGCGUUGCUGCUUGUGAUUGGUCGGUUCAUCGAGUCGACGUCGUUGCCCCAGCGGUUGUUUGGGUUUGAGCAGCUGGGCUCAGUCGUACAAGUCGCCCGGCGAUCGAUGCCGCUGCCGCUGUCGUAUCGCGUCGCGGGGGCCGGGUCCGAGCUCGUGAAUGGCGUGUACCAGUUGGUCCCGCCAACUACGUCGUCCGCCGGCACGUACAUCAAGCAACCGACGAGUAAUAGUAGCACCACCAUUUCCAAAUCGCGGCACGCACCGCCGUCGACGCCCCCUCCUCCAGGCGGCCCUCAUCAUCCCAUGACUUUGUUUUGCUGCACGAUGAAAAAUGGAUCGAAAAUGUGGUUCUUGUCCGAAGCCGACCAAGCGCAACCAGGCACUGACCAAGACAUCGACUACUACCACCACCAAUCGGUUGGCGAUGACGUCGUGCCCCCGCUGUCCCAUUGGGUACCCACGGGCCAAGGCGUAGCCCCGAGUCCGUUGCUGAUUCCCCAUCGCCCUCGUCCAACGGCCGUGGUGGACUCGACGCGACUGGAUCAGCGAGUGCUGAGCUUUGUGUGGACCCACAAGCUUCUGGACGAGAUCUUUGGCGAUCGCAUCCAUCGCGAAAUCGUGGUGCGCAGCGCGUCGUUGCUGCGUUUCUUGGCUGAAGCGGGGCAACUUUCCGACGAACACGUCCAACACGUGUACGCGUCGGCAACCGGCAAGGAGGAGUCGCUGGUCGCGGAGAUCCACACGCUGCUGGUUACGUCCGUGCUCGUGUACUUGAGCGACGACCAAGUGGUGUCAUUUUUAUCGUUCUUGUUGGCCCAGCCGGUGCACUUGUUGCCAGACGUGGCGCUGUUUAUGGACAAGGUGGCCGGCACGUACCGGUCGAUUCUGCACCGCGUCGAGGCUGGCGUCACGUCCAAGUGUCUGCGGCUGCUGUGGCGCCUUCAAAACGCGUCCGACCCGCAGCUGCAUAGCGCGGCGGACGUGCUCGAGUUGUUUCACACGGCGCUGCAAAGCCCCGCAGGGGAGAAAGAGCGCGCGUUGUUUGUCAACGAGUGCAUUCACAUGCUGCGCGUGUCGGCGCAGACCACGACGACAUGGAGCGCCGACCAAGAGGCGGCCACGACCCGGAGCUUGGAGCUGCUGAAGGUACUGCUCGAGUCGUGUUCCGGUAACGACGACGACGACGAUGACGACGACCUGGUUGACCACGUGAACGCCACGUUCAACCUCGUGCAGCUGCUCUUUGACGAGUUGGCAGCGUUUGUCCAGCGCCAUACGCUCGAGUCGGCGCUUCGCCACCGUCUGGACCUGAUCCAUUACGUGCAUGGCAAGUCGAAUGCGCUGGAAAUGACCCAAGCGCAAGUGCGGUCGCUCUGGACUGUGCUAUCCAAGCAACGUGUGUACCGCGACCUGUGCUGGCAGUUCCUCACCGAGUCCAGCGUGUUUGCCAGCGACAACGUCGCGCCGUUCAAUGUGGCCGUGUGCGAGUACAUUUUCAACGACCUUCUGUGCAACCCCCACGAGACGGACUUUAGCGCGUUGAGCGAGGCCGGGUUUGCGUGCUUUCACAUGUACUUUGUGGGUGUGAACGCCCACCACCACCACUUGAUUCGAUCCACAACAACGACGACAUCACCUGUUAUGUCCACCAAUGCCAUUCGGCGCAUCGUGUCGUUCGAGUCGCUGAUUGGCCUCGACGCGUUGUGGCAAGUGGCGAUUUACGGCUUGCCGGCCGUGUCCAAGGCGGCGAUCGUGGAGCUGCUCAACGUGUAUGUGCAAGUGACGGACAGCAUUCCAGCGACCCAGCAUUUCCUACAGCAUGUGUUUGACGUGCUCCAGCGCGCGUCGUCGUCGGCCGAAGUUGUCCAGCACUGCAUGCAUUUGCUCACGGGCUACAUGCACCAAAGCCCCAUUGGUGCCGGGGCCAUCGUCCAUGGCAAGCGGUCCCGCGGCGCGCCGUUGUCGCUGCAAUGCACCGUGCAACGCCUGCCCACGUCAGUGUCGGCGGAGAAACCCCCCGCGUUUACGCUGCACGUGUCGGCCAACGAGACGCUGGGCCGAGUGCGGCAGCUCGUGGAAGCGCAGUUGGGUCACCCGUUGACGCAGACGAAACUGCUUGUCCAAGGCACGCCCUUGGUCGGUGAUGCCAAGACGUGGCGCGAGUUGGCGCUAACCGACCACAAGCAAACGUCGACGGAAGUGACGGUGGUGUUGUUUCAAACCAACGUGGCCAAAGACCUGGACGGAAUAGACGACAGCAACAUCAACAACCAGCAACAUCAGCAACCUCUACUCCAUUUAGGCACGUUGUUGUCGCAGAGCGAAGCGUACUUUGACGUGCUGUUUGGGCUCCUGGAUCGGUACCAAGGGCAGAAUGACACGCAUGCGAUUGUACUGGACGUGGUGGCCAACGUCCCGACUCAAACGACGCUUCUGGACAUGGUCUCGCAGCCCCUAGACCGCCCCGACAGCUUGCAGCGGUGGCUCGCCACGUCAUCGUACCACAAAGCCGUGUAUGUCCUCGAAAUCAUCGACGGAUGUCUCAUGCCGGUGCACGGCGCGGCGUCGCAGGCGUAUGUGACGUCGUUUAUCCAGCACGGCCUCGACCACGUGGUGCAUUUUCUGUUUGAGACCCCUCGCGUGGACGAACAAGGGAUGGCGGUGGCGAUGCGCUUGGUCAAGUAUUGCGUGCUCCACAGCAACCACCACCACCCGCCAUUGUCGCAGCAGAGAACGAACCACCUGUCGACAGCCCAAAUGGCGUCGUUGAUGACGCAACUGAGUGCGUUGGUAUGGCGGUCGUCGCUGGCGCCGCGCGUUGUGAUCGACGCGCUGCAGAUCAUGCAAGCGAUUUCCGUGUACGUGCCGUUUGAAUUUCCCGAUCCGUGGCCGAUGCCGUCGACGCUGCUACACCCGGAGGAACCGAUCCGCGUCCAAUGGCUCGCGACGCUUCAGUCCCAGCCCCACAACGUGACCAAGCAGCUCGUGGCGCCAGCGCUGCACACGCUCCAGAACGCGCUUCCCGUCACCAGCGACCGUGGCACACAGCUGUUUGCGUUGGUGGCGUUCUUGGUGCCCCAAUUCUCGCCCGACCAAGUGGAAGCGUUGGAGGCGGCGCUCGUCGCGUUGUUUCAACCGACCAUGUCCACGUCGGUGCUGCUGGGGUCGCUCGCAAUCUUGCACACGUUGUGCGCCCAGCCAUCGCUGUCGAGUCGCGCGCGCCAGCAGAUUCUGGACGUGCUGUACGACAAGAGUUUGUUUGCAAGUGGCGCCAAGUGUUUAUGCGCAUCAGCCGACACCCGGAAAGCAGCGUACGGUGUCGUGGCCCAGCUGGCAGCGGCGUCGGCGGCGAAUUCCACGACGGACGACUUGCAUGCCAAGCUGACGUCGUUGAUCGACGCGACGAGCACCUCAUCGACUUCGUCAUGGGGCCAGGAAGUGAACGUCGGGGCAAGGGGGCAAGGCGACCACGUGGGGUUGAAGAACCAGGGGUGUUCGUGCUACAUGAACUCGUUUUUGCAGCAGCUAUUCAUGUACCCGCCGAUCCGCCACGGGUUGUUGGCGGCGGCGAUCCCCGUGGACCGAUUCCCCGAGAUCCCCGAGUCGCAGCUGAAUCUGCCGCAUUUAGUGCACACCGACCCGACGUCGCUGAUUGGGCGCCGGAUCAUGAACGAAGCCAACAACGGCCGGUCGUUCGAAGCUGUGAUCACUGGCUACGACCACGCCACCAAGAUGCACCUCAUCAAGUAUGACGAAGGCAGCACGGACGUACGGCUCAAGCUGUGGGGCAAGGAAGCGAUGAACCGAGUGACAUUGUUGCCGCCGACACUCCAAGGCGACGAGGCCACGGUGGAAGUGCUUCGUCAAGUCCAGCGCACGUUCUGGUACCUCCAAGAGAGUGAGAUGCGCUAUUUCAACCCGAAAGCACUGGUGGAAGCGUGCAAGUGUUUAAACUUGGAGUUUUCCGUGUACCAACAGAACGACGCGAGUGAGUUUUGCGACAAGUUGCUGGACCGGUUGGAAAUCGGGCUGGCCAAGACGCCCCAGGGCACGGCGUGCCUGCAGUCGCAUUUGGGGGGCAAGUUGAUCUCGCAAAAGCUGCCGAAAGGCUGCGGCCACCGCUUUGAGCGCGAAGAAGCGUUCAUUCGGCUGGAAUUGCAGAUCCGGGGCAAAGAAAGCAUCGACGAGUCGCUCGCGGCGUUCGUUGAAGGCGAGCUCAUGGACGGCGACAACAAGGUCGAGUGCGAACUGUGUGGGGAAAAGAAGGCGGCGAUCCGACGCACGUGCUUUGGGGCGUUGCCGCAGCUGCUGGUGCUGCACUUGAAGCGCUUCGACUUAGACUAUGCCACGUUUGAAACGGUCAAGCUCAAUAACCGGUGUGCGUUUCCGCUGAAACUUGACAUGAAGCCGUACACCAAGCGCGGCCUGGAUGAGAAGGCGGCAGAAGACGUUGACGACGAUAUUGGCGGCAUGGACGACGACGAUAAUGACGACGAGUACAUGUAUGAGCUGCGCGGGGUGCUCGUGCACGCCGGCGUCGCGCAAGGAGGCCACUACUACUCGUUUAUCAAGGAUCAAUCCGUGGGCAAAUGGUUCAAGUAUGACGACGAAGACGUGAGUGCGUUCGACCCGGCCAAUAUUGAAGCCGAGUGUUUUGGCGGUAUGCAAAAGCGCACGUCGUCGUGGAACGGCAUGACCAACACGAUGGAAAUGGAAGUGUUUAGCAACGCGCUCAUGUUGUUUUACGAAAAAGUGGUGCGCCGACCCGAAUCUCCGACCAACUCGACGACGACCGUGUCGAUGGUCCACACCAACCCCAUGGCCCAGCAAGUAUGGGCCGCCAACGACCUCUUUCUACGCCACUCGUACGUGUUUGACACGGCCUUUGACGAGUUUAUGAAGCAAGUGGUGGCGACUCACCAGGAUCAACUCAAGUGGCUCCAGCUCGGCAUGCAGUUUGUGCUGUCCAUCGUGCUGCGGUUCCGUGAGAAAAAGGGUUUUGGCCGGUGGGUGGAUCUCUUUCACGGCGCAUUUGCCACGACGCCGGCGUUCGCCGCGUGGUUUCUCGAGGUGCCGGACCUGUCGGUGUUCUUCACAGAGUGCCCCGACCCGAUGGCCCGACCAACUGUCGUCGGCUUGCUGACCCGUGCGGCGGCAGCGGUCGUGGCGACGUCCCCCCCCGACGACCCCGCCGCGCUCGUGCACUUGAGCGCGCGCGUCGCCGACUGGUGUGUGCCGCCCCUCAUGGACGAGUAUUUCACGCUGAUUUUCCACAUUGCGAGCUUGUCGCCCGUGCUUCGCGAACAAUUUCAACGGCACCAAAUGGUCAGUCGGUUGAUUCAUGUGCUGCUUGGCACGCGAUCGUAUGCGCGGCUGGUGCACGCGUACGGCCCGUUGGCGGGGGAAGCGCCGUUGGAGUGCCAAGCGCUGUUUGACGCGAUCGGGGCGCUACUGGGCCUCACGCGCAACGCACCCGAGCCGCUUCUGGCCGAACAAGAAGCGCAUGCUUCAUCUUCGACCCAACCCCGCGACCAUAUUGUGCUGAGCGCGCGCGCCCAAAGUGCAUUGACGAGUCUCUUUCACGAGUAUUGCACCGACGACCACGUGAUGGGCGUCAAGGAAUUGCAAAAGUAUUUCCGAGUGUGCGGCACGACCGUGGCCACGGCCAAAGUCACAGCGAAAAAGAUCAAGACGAUGCUGUCCAAGUGGCCGCAGUUGGAUUUGUCAGCGUGGCUCGAGUACUACACGGAGCUGGGCGCGACGUCGUCCAAACAAGUGCUGAGCGACCUCAAAGCCCACGGCUUUCGCGACAAUUUGCAGCGGCCGCCCUCGGUGCACGACCUGGAGCCUGCGUCGUCGUUGCUUGACAACUUGCCCGCGCUCUGCCGCGAAGCCAUUGUGCACGAAGUGUUUAUCGAAGCGGCGCUGGAAGAAGACGCCGAAGCCGUGGCCGACCUCCUCGUGCGUGUGAGUCUGGGGUCGCCGUCAACGUCGUCGCUCGUGAUCAAGAGCGUGUUGACGGCGCUGUUUCAUGCCGAGUUGGGGUGGAAGGGGUUGCCGAUCGUGGAUGCGGCGGUGCAAAUAUUGACCCAAUUGCUCACGUUUGAAGCCAACAACGAGAAUGUGGCGCUGAUCGAGUUGACGAUGGUGCAGACGUCGUAUUCGCUGCUGGUGGCGGCGGCAGAACGGAAAAAAGUGUACGCGCAGUACGGCACGGCGCCGGCGCUGUUUAUCUACCGGUACGUGACGAUCUUGAUGGAUUUGCACAAGGUACCCAGAGUCGCGAAUUGGCUGCAAGCUCAUGUUGGAGACUGGGUGUGGAUGUACGAAUGGCUCCGGCUCGAGAGUUUGAAACCGAGCUUGGGUGGUCGCGUGACCGUGCUGUAUCGGGACCCGGGCAAGCUCGAGACGCUUCUGGCGCUCGGCGAAUUGCUGCAUGUGCCGUUCACCCCGGAAGAGAAGAGCUAUGCCGUGUCUGGCGCGGGAUGCGCGGCCGUGAAUGGCGUGUACCACAUGGUGCAGCACCAGCGCCACGACGGAUGCCCGGUGUUUCGGAUGACCAAUCACGACAUCGAGUACACGUUGUUUCGGUGUGAAAUGCCCAGUAAAACCCACCGGUGGUAUAUUUCGCACGCCGAGAACCGGCAGACGCUGGGUACGGUGACGGAUGUGGACUUUUAUUAUUGCCUGUGCACGAUCCACGAAGAGACGCCGCCAGAGGACGGGUGGAAGGUGUGGACCAAGAACCCCGACGCCUCGGGACCGACCCCCACGGUCACGUUGCAAGCGUGUUCGGUGAGUGCCGACGAGUUGGAUAUGACUGUCCAUGCGCCGCCGCAUUCGCAUGGAGGGAGCAGUUUUGUCGUGCCCGAAGUCGACAUGGACGAUGACACGGUGGAAUACGAAGACAGCGAAGAGGAAAUCCGAGUGAGCAACGAACGGUUCCAGGCCGUCCAUUUGGAAUCGCCGUCCGAAGGCAGCAGUGGCAGGCUGUAGAUUUCCAUAAGACAGACACGGAGAAAGGAUAUUGUCGUGUGUUUUUAUAAACCUCUACUAGUAAAAGAAACACUGGCAUAAUAAACCUGUGUUGGAAAGAGUUUUA